AUGCUCUGUCUCCGAGUUACGCAUGCAAGAUCCGAGCGUGGUUAUGCAUCUCAGAACGCCACGGAUGAACUCAGCUCUUUCGCAUUUCUCCAUCCGUUAGUCCGAUUACCCGGAAGCGAUCACUCGAUGGAACAAUGGGAGUUGCUGCAACACUACAGUGACGCACACCAUUUAUGCGCGGAAUGUCGUGCGCAACAACGGAUAUCCUGUUUUUUGACUUCGGAUCGUCUAGGCCUCCACCGAUUUCAAGAACAUCCUAACGAAGUCGCUAACGACCCGAAUUCUUGGCUACCAGUUUCCAUCCAGUUACCACCUCGAGAGGCCGCUGCUUCGCGGAGGUAUGACAAUUCGGGCACCCAAACUGGAAUAGAUAGGGUUGGCGGGUAUCUAAGGGCUUCUGACGGUACCUUGGUCGCUGAGGGGACAGGCGCGGGGGUUCGGUUCCGUCGAGUCAACCCAAGCGAGUGGACAGGUGAUGAUUUCCCAACCCUUGGGGCAAGUGGAUCUACCAAUCAACAGCCUGCUCCAGCGAGUACUCGGGAUUCAUACUCUAGGCCACAAUCUGGUGCACCAGUUACAACCAGUGCUUCGACACCGCGUCCGGCAGCAACGUUGGCGUCUGUCGCCGGUCGUGGGCGUCAAAAUCAACUGACUGCGGAUGAUUUCCCUAGUCUUCCAGGGUCUAACGUAUCGCCAAAGGCCUCUUCCCAACCACUCUGGAAAGCCAAAAGCCACAGUCAGCCCGCAUCACAAUCAUCCAAUACGGCUGCGAGUCGGACUCGGCAGGUGAAACCAACACAGCAGGAUUUCCCCGAACUACCUGCAACCGGCCGAACAGCAUUGUCCAGGGAUCCCGUCUCUGAUAACUGGGGUCCACCCACCCACGAGCAGCCGUCUUCUGUUCGACUUGGCGUUGAUCAGUCUUCAUCCAACCGUAUUCAGCAGCCUAGUCGUCCCGUUGUUCCACUUGCGUCUGAUUUUCCUAGUCUUUCCAACGGUCCAUCUGCUAGCCAACUGAAGUCAUUGUCAAGUCCUCUGCCUUCAUAUACCGUGCAUAAAAUGCACAGUGUCGACAAGAAGUCUAAUGGGAAGAAAAAGCGCUCAGUUGUGCCACCAUCAACUGUCGAAUAUACAGAGGAUUCCUCACCUGGUGGCCUCAGGACCAAAUUGCGUCAACAACGCAAUCCCGACAUCAGACACGCUUUGUCUGUCAAUCCGCUCACCACCACUGACGGAGAUAAUGCUGACAAUCGGUCAUCAUUCAGUCAUAUCCAGUGUGCUGACUCACUUCCUCGACCGGCGCCAUGCGACCAGCCAAGAGCCCAAACAGGGCCCACUCCUGAUGAAUUUCCUUCAUUAUCGAACACUACCAAACCGGAGAAAACCGCAGUUAAUGGACAACAAGAGACUGCGAAAGACAAGCGGCCUGCAAAGAAAAGCUCUGUCGCCAUCAAUCCGAAUAAAGACACAUCCAGUCCGAAGAAAGUUCCCGACGGACAUUGGCCGCUUCCUCCCAGUGGUCUGGUUGAUACAGAGUGUAUAUUGUAUGCUGAGGCAAAGUAUGUACCUCCUUUGGAUGCAGAUAUUCGCAAUCGAGACUUGAUACGCACGGUGGAGACUACUCUGUUCGAUCUGGGUGGGAAGACUACAUUCUCUCGUUUUGCGGAUCUAUCCCGUCGAUACAGUCACAGACAGUUGACCGCUUCUGCAUAUAUGGAGGGCCUUUUGGGUCUGUUGUCUGUCGGUAGCGGGAAUAAAGAUUCCAUUGAUCCGCCACUGUGGAUAGCACCAAUGAUUGCCUUCCUCCCUGAUAUUGGUCUUCAACGAGCACUUUUGCGAGUGCUCCAGGGUCAAGGGGCGCCCAGGUUACCUCCAGAAUUGCGGCAAGAAGGACAGGCUAGUCGUCGGGCCCGCGAGCCGCUUGUUGCCCCACCAGUUUGGGCGAAGCAAGUCGUUAGCCUGCUGCAGUGUUGUCGGACAUGUGGUCAGCUGACUGUUUACUCGAUAUACUUCUUUUGGCUGUUUAACAGAUUUAUUAUGACCGGACGAAGGCGUCCAAAGUCCGUCCGCAAGGCUCGUGCGCUUGCGGUUGCACGAGAAGAACGUUUGUAUUCAAAAGAGCCGCACAGUUUUGUGUUUGCGCGACCAGGUGUAGGAAAUUUGGUCAAGCAAUUAUCCUUGGAUAUACGGCGAGUCUUCGAACCGAACACAGCCACACGACUGAAGACACAUCGUGGAAACGUGCUGAAAGAUUUUGUGGCUGUCGCUGGUCCGCUGAAUGUUUCGCAUCUGCUCUAUCUGACCCACCCCCAUGCGGACAAGCGAAAUGAGAAACGCGCCCGACAACUGGCCAAAAAGGCUCUGAAAAAGUCAGAGACUUCUCAAGCUCAAGUUGAAAAAAUCAAAUCUCUACCCGAUCGGGACUCGGACCACCCAACUGGCGGUGGUGUCUAUCUUCACCUCGUCAGGGCUCCACACGGUCCCAGUCUCACAUUCUCUGUGGUCGAGUACAGUCUUCAACGCGAUGUACUCACCCUCGUGCGCCGUAUUUUCAAUUCGCAUCAGUACAGCACUCCCCCACUCCUGGCAAUGACUGGUUUUGGCUCUUUGAAUCCGAACGCAGAGCCUCCAAAACAACCCCAGCCUCCUCCACCACAUCUUCGUUUGGUGGUGGACAUGUUUCAAAAUAUGCUGCCGUCACUGAAUGUACAAAAGCUGAAACUUAGCACUGUUCGUCGGGUACUGCUUAUCAGUCGCGAAGUGGACUUAUCGACCACCGCCGAUUCGACAAAUCCGGAUGAUGUCAUCUAUGUUCGUCACUACCACAUCCGCACUGAGAAUCGCAACGUCAGUCGUGCCCUCCGGCGACUGAGCGUGGGCGGGACACGGUUGAAAAAGCGAAAAUUGCUCAACCCAACCGUGAACGGGGUCCCUUUGAAUCCCGGACUAGGUCCUGGGGGUUCUGGGAAGUCCUCUAACGUGCCCAAUUUGUCAAAAUACUCAUGCAUAGAAGAUUUCGUGACCAAAUCCGGAAUGCUUUCGGACUCGGGUCUGUCCGAUGCCCUUUCCGACAUGGAGGAAGUUGAGCUUCCAGCCAGUGUAUCCCUUCCCGGUAGUGUUCCUGGAUCUCUUGAUGGCUCAGCCAAAUCGCGAAAGCGUAAAUUUGUGCCAUCGCAUGGAUUGCGUCAUUUGGGCACGGCUAAGACUGCUAGCAUCCGACUCACGGAAAUUGGACCGCGUCUAACCCUUCGGCUAAUCAAAGUCGAGGAAGGCUUGAACACAGGCGCAGUCCUCUAUCAUCGAUGGCAGUCUCGUAGUUUGGCUGAGGUCGUUAAUCAGUCCGAGCGUCUUCGCCAGCGAGAGGCUUUACGUUCAAAGCGUCGGGCUGAACAUGAAGCCCAUCGGGCGGCGAAGGAAGCAGCGCGUGAAGCGCAUCGCACUGCUUGUAUAGAAGGUAUGCGACGUGCUGGCCAACUACCUGUUGAAACCUCCUCGCACGGAGAGUCAUCGGCAUCCGAAGACGACACUGUCCACAGUGAUAGCGAUAAACAUGUGAACGUGACUAAGAAAUCCACCAUCAGUCUCAAUACAGGGAAGGCCAGAAAGCAGAAACACAAACGUUCGGUUGUUGCCGCUCGUCGAUCAAAUCCGGUAAAGAUUAAAAGACAGGUUGAUUUGCUCCAGGUAACCCGAAAUGAACUGUCCAUCACCGAUGGACACCAUGGACCAGAGCAGGCAUACAUGUGUAAACCUUAG